AAAAAAAAAAAAUAGAAAUUGACUUGAUUCUAUGCAGUAUCUUUCCAUCGAAGAUUGUCAUUUUGUUUCUUCAUCUGCCUUUCAAUGAUUUAACUGGUUGAGUUGAGGAUAUUUUAUUUAUUGGUUCGCUUAAAAAUAACCAAUCCCUCUUUAUAGAUAGUAGGGAGAUAUUAACUUUGAGUAGGAAAUAUUAUACCAUCUCAUCUAAUCUUUUAAGUAUUAUACUCUACAAAAUCAGUAGUAUAAUAGAAUUUAUUGAAAGAAAGUUUCAUUCAUAUUAUAGAAACACAGUGUUUAAUAAAUAAAAAAAUACAUAAAAAUUGAAAAUGGGGAUAUUUUCUUUUUGAAUUUAUUCACUUCUCAAAGGGUUCCUAAACUAAUUAACUAUCAUUAUUAUUAAUAAUAAUAUCGACUACUUUAAACAUAGUUUAUUUUAUAAGAAAUAAUCCGCGAAGUGAUCCACUUUUAGAUGUAUUUAUGUGGACAAAUAUAUUUAUACUUUAAUUAAACAGAAUCAUCGGGGUUGCUUGCUAUCUUUGAGGAUAUCAAUAAAUAUGGAGAAUAAUAAUAAUAAUUUUAAUCCAACUGGGGAAAUAUCAAUUAAGGAUCAAGUUCAAGGGAAAAUCACAAGUUUCCUAAAGAAUACUGGAGUUAUGAAGUCUGAGGUUAACUCAACUUAUGGACAAAUGAAUACCGAUGGGACAAGUGGUACUGCUGCCUAUAAUGAUAACACAUGUCGAGGCAAAUGUCUAUAUUAUUUAUGUUGCAGUUGUUCCAAACGUUAUUACAUAGCAUGGCUAUCAAGUUUAGGCUUUAUGAUUACAUUUGGUAUCCGGUGUAAUAUGAGUUGGGCUAUGUUAACUAUGCAAGCUAGACAGAUGGCAGCGAAUCUAUCUCAUCUACCGCCUCAUAAACAUUAUGAACAUACACAUCAUGAAUCUGGAGACCAUGUGGUUGGUUUGGGCGGAUUGAUGAAUGUUACAUCGAAACCAGAUUUCUAUUGGACAGCUGGUCAAAGAGGAUUUGUAGACAGUUCAUUCUUUUAUGGUUAUUUAAUAACUCAAAUACCUGGUGGUGUAAUAGCAUCUAAAUUUCCAGCUAAUCGACUUUUUGGUAUCGCGGUCGGUGGAAGUGCUCUUCUAAAUUUGUUAUUGCCGGGUGCGUGUAAAAUCCACUUUGGUGUUGUUAUGGUAAUAAGAAUGUUACAAGGUUUAGUUGAGGGAACAUCCUAUCCGGCUUGUCAUGGGAUUUGGAGAUACUGGGCUCCACCACUUGAACGUUCUCGACUAGCGACGAUUGCAUUUUGUGGAUCAUAUGCAGGUGCUGUUCUUGGACUAUCACUGUCUGGUCUCUUAGCUCAACAAAUGGGUUGGCAGUCACCGUUCUACUUCUAUGGCAUUGUUGGGAUAAUGUGGUUCUUCUGGUGGUGGAAUGUCACGCAUGAAAGACCUUCACUUCAUCCAACAAUAUCGGAAGCUGAAAGAAAGUACAUUGAAUCGUCAAUUGGAGAGUCAACAACUAUCAUUGAAAGUAAAAUACCUAUUCCAUGGGGAAAAUUCUUUACAUCACUUCCUGUGUAUGCUAUAAUUAUUGCAAAUUUUGCAAGAAGUUGGUCAUUCUACCUAUUGAUCACUAAAUCACCAAAAUAUUUCCGUGAAGUAUUUGGUUAUAAUCUUGCAGAAACUGGAUUCUUAUCAGCAUUACCACAUUUAGUUAUGGCCGUUAUUGUUCCUAUUGGUGGUCAGUUGGCGGACAAGUUGAGAAAGAAUACGCUUUCAACUACAUCUGUAAGGAAAAUAUUUAACUGUGGAGGCUUUGGACUUGAAGCGGUUUUCCUCAUUGGUGUCGGUUAUUCAAAAACGAUUACGUCAGCAUUAGUAUGUCUUGUGUUAGCCGUCGGAUUCAGUGGGUUUGCAAUAUCAGGUUAUAAUGUUAAUCAUCUGGACAUUGCACCACGUUACGCCAGUAUACUCAUGGGUUUAUCUAAUGGGGUUGGGACAAUAUCUGGGAUGAUUUGCCCAAUUACAACUGAAUUACUAACUAAAAAUCAAAACAAAGAAGGAUGGCCGAUUGUUUUCCUUAUCGCUAGUUUGGUUCACUUUGCUGGUGUUGCAUUCUAUGCUGUCUUUGCAUCUGGUGAAAAACAACCUUGGGCAGAGGCACCAGAAGAAGCUCAGUGCAACUGGCAACCACCAACUGACUUACCAGCUGAGAUGAUACACGGAGAGUAUGGUUAUGCAGAUCCAGAUGAAAAGAGAGACAAUAAUCCAACUAUACGCAGAAUAAGUAAUCAGAGAAAUCCAAAUGUAAGUGGAGGUCAGGUUUACAGUUCAGAUUCAAGGUAUACAGCAAGUGAGCAUCGACCAAUCGUUAAUGAUCCACAAGUCUAUUCUCCAGACUAUGGUUAUGGAGAGACUGUGAGUGGAACAACAACGCGUCAUGGUGGUAAUCCAUAUCAUCAAGGUUACUAAAUGUGCAUUUACAGGAAAAUGUGAGAUUGACAUUUUCUUUAAACCUUAAUAAUAUCAAGAUUUAUUAAUGUUCAUCCUGAAAUAAUCAACGAGAAUCCCACAAACGAAAUCAUUCAUUCUUAGAAGGUCAAAGAUUAUGUUCAAUUUUUAGCAAAUUCUUAACUUUAAUUAUUCUUUCCAGCUAAUUCUUUUCGUUUCCUCUAGCAAAGUAAAGGUGAAUGAUCUCUUGUUUGUGUCCGUGUUACAGAUUUCUUCCUUUUUUCUUCUUGAACCAGUUUUAUUUAUUGACAAAUGAGUUACUCUUUUUUAUUCAAAACAAAAUCAACAUAUUUAUUCACUUUUUAACUUAUUUAUUUACUAAUAUAUCUAACAAAAUCUUUUUUCCCUCAACCUUAAUGACUACAAUAAGGUAAGAGUUAAAACAACUAUUUAUUGAAACUAGUGAACAAAUAUUUGUUGUUGCAAGUCUUAAUAUUACAAUAAUUAUGAAAGUCAUUAAUGAACCCUUAACUAUUUACUAAGCAUAGAUCUAUGAAAUAGGUUUCGUCGACUAAUAAAAAAAAUUCAAAUAUACCUGAAUUAUUAU